GCGCCAAAACGAAAACGACACUGAGGCUGAAACUACUUGUUUGUUUAUGUUUGCUUUACAAACCAAUUUCAAUUGAGAAAGUGACGGGACUGAAUGACUGGAUAAUUGACACAUAGCAUCAACACAACGGUGACGUAGCCGCCUGGACUGUUGUACCAGUGAAUCAUAACACAUGCUUGAAGGAUGAUUCCAGGUUCCCCUCUGCUGAGGUUUCCUUGAGCAAGUCACUGUUUGGGUGCAAUAAAGGGUGACAUAAACAAAAGUGGUUGAUAAGAUGAGGAAGUGGGGAGAUCGAAUGAAGAAGGUUGAGCAGCUUGCUCAGUCCUUCCAGCAGAAACCUCUGGCCACACACUACAAACCUCGGUUGUGGCCGUGCCAGCCUUCCUCUGUCUGGAAGCUCUUUCCUCGUCAGUGUAUGGCGAUCAGCUUCGCUCAGAGCUGCAAAGAGGCUGUACACGUUUUUGCACUUGAGAAAGAAAAGACAUCCCUGGGUCAAAGGAUCUUCCUGGUUACCAGUUACAGUGAGCUAUGGCAUUACUACAGGACUUACACACACUCCUUGAUGCACUGCUAUGAGGUGAUACCAGAGGGAGCUGUGUGUAAGCUCUACUUUGACUUGGAGUUCUACAAGCCCUCAAAUAACGGAGCUGAUGGUGAAACUAUGGUGUCUUCACUUAUCCAGUAUGUUUGUGACAAACUAAUGGAAGUUUAUGGAAUUGAGUGCUCUGCAAAAAAUAUCCUCAAUCUUGACUCGAGCACGGAAGAGAAGUUCAGUCGACAUCUCAUCUUUAAUCUCCAAAGUGCAGCUUUCAAAGACAACAUACAUAUGGGCAGGUUUAUCCAUGCGAUUCUCCACCCAGUCCUGAGCACACCCAAAAGUGUCCUGAAUGUUGGGAUGAAUUCAGUGGCAGAAAACAGUGAAACACGCGGAUCCCAUGCAGUCUCUGAGGGGACGCCAGCAAAGGCAGAUGAGAUGGAUGAGAGUCCACAGGCCAAGAGGCGCAGGCAGGAAACGACAGACCUCAAGUUCCUCCAGGUGAAAAACAAGAAUGGCCAAGAGUGUCUUUUUGUUGAUCUUGGUGUUUACACAAAAAACAGAAAUUUCCGCCUUUACAAGUCAUCAAAAGUGGGAAAGAACUCUGCGUUCACGGUGGCAGAUGACAACACUUUUACUCACAAACACGAGAAAGGGAUUUCUGAGGAGGAAAGUGUGUUCUUGGCUUCCCUCGUCUGUAAUAUGAGUUUCACAGGUCAAAGAAUUCUCACGUCGGACGUCCCAGAAACCAAGGAAUCCAAAACCUUGAGGCCUCAUUCCCAGCAGGGAUCAGCCACAUAUCCAGGUUCACUUUCUGGUGACCUGUCGUCCCCUCAUCAAGAAGUGGACAACUUUGUAUUAACUGUGACAACAAAGGAUGGCAUCCAUGGGAGCAUCAGACGAUGGAACUACUUUGCUGUUGAACAACUGCUUGUUUACGACAUUGCAAAAUACCGCUGGUGUGAAAACGUGAAACGGUUUCAUAGAAGCAACAACAUCAUGAUUGUUGUGGACCUUAAGGAGGAAGUUUGGUAUCAGAAGUGUCACGAUCCUGAAUGUAGGAACUUCAGGUCCUCAAGUUACCCACUGCCACAGGACAUCUGCGUCAGCUAUAUCAUGAAACUGGAUGAGGAAGACCAGGCUUACUUAAUGGAUGAUGCAGGCAACAUUGAACUCAGCCAGACCCCAAACCAGGCCCCAGAGAGCACGGCGUGUCCAGAGGAGGCAAUGGCUGACGUGUGGGGAGACGGACAGGACGACCAGGACUACUUGGAGAGCCUGGAUGACUUUGAACAAAACAAUGGGGAUAUCUCCGAUCAGCUCCUGCUCAAAUGUAUGACAGAUUUUGAAUCCCAGUAAAGGGUGAGUUUCAUGUCACAAAAGCAAUCUGAAGAGGUAGUGAAUGUGGAGCAGCUCCACAACUCAUCAAUGAGAGCACAACCGGCUGACAACCAGGCAGACUGCUGAGAGGUAAUAGCUUGUAAAGCAUCCGUGUCACGGAGAGCGGGUACUGGUUGUACAUCAAAUGUGGUCCAGAUGAGGGAAUCAGAAGAAAUACUCCUGCUUUGGCUGCAGCGUCAGCCCCAUCAUCAAAUCCCAACCUACACAUCACAUUUUACAACAACGUUCCAAGACGCAGUGUUAAGAGGACGUGCAAUCUGCUGACAGGACGCCGUCUCGCCUAAUGUUCCUACUGGUGACAAUUCUGCAAUGUUUUAGGGUUUUUAAAUGCCUGCUGCUUUUCAAUUAAAAAACUUCUUAGUGAUG